AUGGCUUUCAGCUUCACGCUCUUAGUCCUCAGUCAGUCAUCAACCCCAUGUAUUGAAGCUCGAUAUCUGACGUAUAUCAGACCGUCUACGAUCAGUAGUCAAGACGACUACAACGGUGCGGAGCCUAGAAACGAUGAUCAAAGGACGUCCGUCGACCAUAGUUCGCGGGAUGACAAUCAGAGAAUUCUCAACAUGAACGCUGUCGAUCUAGGCCCACCUAUAUCUACGCUUCGAAGCCUUGGAGCCAUGUACGGAAAUCACAAUCCUCGAGAGUCCACCAACAAUGCCCGGACCAUUGGGAUAAGCAUGGAGCCAACGACACACCGUUGGCCACUGGAUCCCAUCCUCAAUGGUGUCUUGACGAUGGCUGAAGCCUGCCGAGCGAUCAACAUAUUCUUCAAUCACUGCCACCCAAUGGCACCAGUACUAAGCGAAGGCCUGCGAUCUGAGGCGGAACUGUUGAGAUCGGGCAGACCAUUGUUGUUCCUGGCUCUCUGCUCGAUAGGAACUCGAUUCUGGCUCCCUGAUCAUGCCUUGUGGCCAACAUUGCACCCUAGAUGCUCCGAGCUGGCUGUCCUUCUUGACAAAGCUGUAUCACGACUGCUGCUACGCCCCACGCCCCGCGAUGUCCAUCUAGACUCGGUGGUCGUCCUUCUCCUAUAUGCUCAAUGGAUGCCGUACAGCAGGCAAGCAUACCAAGACCGGAACGAUCAAGACCAGGAAAGGAGAUCCAAGCGUCCGUCGAGUCGCUACAAUGAUAUCAGCGCUUGGGCCGUGCUUGGGCUGGCUGCCAGGUACGCGACAAUGCUUAACCUGGCAAAAGAUGCCAUUGCCCCUUUCAAGAGACCUCAAUCGGUCGCAACUCAAGAAGACAUGGCGCGGCUGAGGAUUUGGUACAACCUCUUGACGUGUGAUUGGAACUUGAUGCUGUCUUCUGCCCUUCCCGCCACCCUUGACCCUACCGAAGGGGUCAGUAUCGCGCGGACUUUUGGUAGGCAGCCUACGGGGCAGCAGCCCAAUGAUCUGCGGUAUGCAGCCUUGGUGGAGCUCGUCGGCAUCUCACACAGUGCUCUCGAGACCAACAAGGAGUUUUCAGCUCGCCGGUUGAACGCUGCUGGGCUUCGAAAAUUCAACGUGGCUUGCGAUGACUGGGAAAGGCAUUGGAGUCCGAUUCUUCGAUAUACCCACUUCCAGCAUGUUCAUCUGCCGUUCACUUCGCUACGGUGGUGCCGGCUCGCGCUCAACAGUGCUGUUUUAGGUCCUUAUCUGGCCUCAAUCAUUGAAGGGGAUACACAGCCAUCACAUGUUUGGAUUCUGGAAGCCCUGGAGACUAGUCUCACGGCAGCCAUGCAGAUAAUAUUCUGCGUGUCAACACUCGGUCAUGAUCACGUAUGGGGAAUCGAUUCGCAAGACGCGUGCACAGUUCCUACGGACCGCUUCGCUGUUGACCAGACCACGCUUGAGCGUCUUUGCUACGCCGUGGACUCUACAUGGGUCUCGUACACGUUUGCUGUAACUUUUCUGGCGUUUUGCUAUGUGAAAGGGCUUGUCGACGACGAGCUGCGGCUGCGGCCCCUUAUAUCUGCAAGCUCACCUCAACAUGUGGCCCCGCGGUCACCCCGAUCAAUAUCACUUCUUGCACGUUUCCUACGAUUGGCCCUCGAUCUGUUCGACGCGGUGUGCCAAGUUUCCACCUUCCGACUAGCACAAGAGCUCCAAGCUGUCGUCAAAGACUGCGUCCUGCUUCUGUUGACCGAGGACAGCGAAGAUCGCACCCGUGGUCAAGAGGUCGACACGACGGGCAUGCAGUCUUUAUUCGACCAAAUGAUGGACCCCGGGUUUGAUUGGCCAGUACUCGCAGAAGACUGGGAUGUUACCAGGACACCUUUGACCUGA